GAUUGCGGACUUAGUCUACACGGGAACGAAGGGUCUUUGUCGCCAUAGCUAGCUUUUCUUCACCGAGGGCAGAGUGUCGAAGAUGGAAUCACUCGGCGGCGACUUCGUUGGAGAAAGUAAAGCUACUAAUGAUGGUUCUGGUGAUCUCAAUACUGUUGGUCUGACUAAUGGUGUAAAUGGUGUUGUGCACGGCGGUCACCAUCACCACCACAAGUCGUCAUCCCCCGACAAACACCACAGCAGCAGUAAGCACCACAAGGACAAGCAUAAGGAGCAUAGGCAUAAGGAUGAACACAGGCAUAAGGACAAGCACAAGGACAAGGAUCACAAACAUAAGGACAAGUCAUCUUCCUCAGGUGGUAGCAGCUCAUCAUCAAAGCACAAGGAUGGUAGCAGCGGCAACAGCCUGCACAAUUCUUCCUCUUCAUCACUGAAGACCGGUGACCGUCAUCACCACUCGAAGGAUCCAUCCAAAGAACACAAGUCACCAUCCUCCAAAGCUGCCGAAGAUGUCAAGGUUAAGAAGGAGUCGUCAUCCUCGAAGUCCUCAUCAGGCCAUAAGUCCUUGUCCUCGAGCAAGGACGGUGACAAAGACAAGCAUAAGGACAAACACAAGGAUAAGCAUCAGCACAAGAGUUCGUCUGAAAGGGCUGAUGUGAAAGUAAAACAGGAAAUUGCGAGUCCCAGAAAGCCGGAUAUGCUAUCGCCGCCGAGGAUGCAGGUGAAGCAGGAAGUAUCGUCGCCCCCAAUGCGUAUGACCCUUGAGACAGAGACUAUCAACGAGAUUAAGGGGGAGGCCCUCAGUGACGACGACGUUCCUCUGUCUGCGCGGCUCCCUACACCCAAAGUGGAAAACAAGGCAAAGCGCCCGCCAGACUCUGACUCUGAAGAGGAUGCUCCCCUUUCUAUUAGAGCACAGAAGGUCACCAAGAAGAUAAAAUCUGAAGAGAGACCCAAGAAGAAAAGGAAAGCUGCAGAUGACAGUGACUUUGAGGAUGACAUAAAGCCUGCAAAGUCUACACCGAAGACAAAGAAGGCGAAAGAGAACACUAGGGCCAAAGAGAAAGCGUCUGAUGGGACAGACAGCCCCAAGAAGAAGGGCAAGGCAAAGAAAGAGGAGCAGGAGGCAGACGUGUGGAAAUGGUGGGAGGAGGAGAGGCACGAGGACGGCAAGAAGUGGCGAACUCUGGAGCACAAGGGGCCGGUAUUUGCUCCGGAUUAUGAACCCCUGCCCAGUCAUGUCCACUUUUACUAUGAUGGCAAGCCUGUGAAGUUGAGCCAAGAUGCCGAGGAAGUGGCCGGAUUUUAUGGGCGGAUGUUGGACCACGACUAUACGUCUAAGGACUCAUUCAACGGCAACUUCUUCAAGGAUUGGCGCAAGGUCAUGACAGAAUCGGAACGCAGCCUUAUUACUGACCUCAGGAAGUGCAAUUUCAAAGAGAUUGAUGUAUACUACAAGCAGAAGUCGGAGGAGCGCAAGGCCAUGUCCAAGGAGGAAAAGCAGGCUAUAAAAGCCCAGAACGAUGCCCUGGUUGCCGAGUAUGGCUUUUGCAUCAUUGAUGGGCACAAGCAGAAGAUUGGUAACUUCAAGAUUGAGCCCCCUGGUCUCUUCAGGGGCCGUGGUGAGCACCCCAAGAUGGGCAUGCUCAAGCGACGGGUCCUCCCAGAGGAUGUCAUCAUCAACAUUGGAAAGGAAGCUAAAGUCCCCCCGCCACCGCCUGGCCACAAGUGGAAAGAGGUGCGUCAUGACAACACUGUGUCGUGGCUCUCAUCGUGGACGGAGAACAUCUUGGGCCAGACCAAAUACAUCAUGCUCAACCCUAGCUCCAAGCUGAAGGGGGAGAAAGACAUGCAGAAAUACGAGACAGCACGAAAGCUCAAGUCUCUUGUCGACAAGAUCCGGGCCACCUACCAGGAGGACUGGAAGUCCAAGGAGAUGCGUAUCAGACAGCGUGCUGUUGCUCUGUACUUCAUUGACAAGUUGGCCUUGAGAGCGGGUAACGAGAAGGAAGAAGGCGAGACAGCAGACACUGUGGGCUGCUGUUCACUGCGGGUUGAGCAUCUUACGCUGUUCGACCAGAAAGAUGGCAAGGAGAACGUGGUGGAGUUUGACUUCCUGGGAAAAGAUUCCAUCCGCUACGUGAAUGCGGUGCCCGUUGAAAAGAGGGUGUACAAGAAUCUCAAGCUGUUCAUGGAAAACAAGCAACCUGGUGACGACCUUUUUGACCGGCUUAAUACAACCAUUCUGAACAAACACCUCAAUGAGCUGAUGGAAGGCCUUACUGCCAAGGUCUUCCGUACGUACAAUGCUUCCAAGACGUUGCAAGAACAGCUUGAACUGCUCACCGAGGAGAACAUGUCGCUGCCAGAACGGCUUCUUGCCUACAACAGGGCAAACCGUGCAGUGGCUGUCUUGUGUAACCAUCAAAGGGCUGUACCCAAGACUUUUGACAAGCAGAUGGAGAAUCUGCAGAAAAAAAUGGAUGAAAAGGACGAACAAAUCAGAGAAGUGAAGAGGGAAUUGAAGCAACUUAAGUCUGACUACAACAACUCUAGGAAUGAAAAGGACAAGCUCUUGCUGGAGCGCAAGAAAAAACGUCUGCAGCAGCUUGAGGAGCAAAUGAAGAAGUUGGAAGUGCAGGCGACCGACAAGGAGGAGAACAAGCAGAUUGCUUUGGGCACCUCCAAGCUCAACUAUCUCGACCCACGUAUCACUGUAGCCUGGUGCAAAAAGUGGGAGGUCCCCAUCGACAAGAUCUACAACAAGACUCAGCGAGACAAAUUCCGGUGGGCUAUCGAGAUGGCUGGUCCCGACUAUGUAUUCUAGGUGCGCUGUGGGUCAGUGAGGCAUGCAUGCUGUUAGUGUGUGUGCAAACAUUAGUCUGAGCUGCCAUCGAUGGACCGCCGUGACACUCGGAUGAAAAGAACAAUGACAGGAGUGUGUGUGUGUGCAUACAGAGUAGCUUGAAGAGGAGGUGUCGUCUUCGUUCUGUUUCAGUUCAUUGUCUUCCUUUGAUGUCGUCCUCUGGACGUUCAUCUCCUUUUUUGUCCUCUUUCGUGACUUCCUUUUCACACCAGUGCUGUCGAGCCCGCUUGGGCUCUGCUUAAAUUGGCUGCACUUGACUUUUGCCAUUCUUCAACUUGACAGAAAUGAACGUGGGACAGCCUCCGCAAGAUAAGUGCAGACGACGAAUGACUUUGCGAUAUGCGAUAUUAUCGUGCAUGUGCACGGGCGAUAUUGUUAGGAACGUCUGCGUCAUGUACAACAUGAAAGCCCUCCUAGCUCAGCCAAGUGCAGCUAUCGUUGACUCUGGAGCUCGAGCUGACAGCUCGUUAGUGAAGAUUAGCGUGGUACUUUGAGAUCGAACUAUACAGCACUUGGGAGGUAUUACUCCCGUUGCUCGUCACUCGUGACGUCUUGCACACAAACCGUGUCCGUGAAGGUGUGUCAUCUUCGGAACGAAAAUUGCGUUGCCUAAGGAGAGACUUUUGUCUCUCGCAAUUAGGUACUGUUGUGUACUCAUGACAAAGCGGGCUCGACAGUAUUGUAUCGUGAUAGAUAUAGCGUGACAUCCGCUUUGUUUUGUUUUGGUCUUCCUUUUCGUACAUAGUCAAUGUUUGAGGCUUUGACAACAUUUUCUUAUUACCCACUUUUUUUCUUUUUCUCCUUUUUUUUUUACAUUUAUUGCAUGUUUUUAUUUCCAAUGCCGACCUGUAUCUGAAGUGCUCUUCAGUAAAAACAGCCUCUGAAAUGGUGAUAUAUAUAUUUCGAGAAACAAGCGUGACUGGACGUGAGGUGCACAAAACACAUUUUAGAUUUCAUUUGAUUGUGCUGUGUGCUGUGUGUAUGUGUGUGUGUGUGUGUGACAUUUUGGGGGGGUUAGCAGUUUGUUGUUUUUUUUUUCCUUCUGAAACCAUCGUGUUUUGGGGCGGGUUGUGUGUUGUUUUGGGGGGAGAAACUGAAUGAUAGUGUCGGGAAGUCUUUGGAGCAACUACUAAUACAGACAUUGUUGUCUGCAUGGUUUUUGGCUUUUCCACUGAGCUAUGUAAUGCAAGCGUUGGAUUUUUAUUAGGGUUGCACCGUGUCCUAGAACAUAAUAGUCACUGUAUAGUUGCACUACAGUAUCUAAGGUGGGGGUUCUCACACCAAACUUUGUGUGUGCAGCUUUCCUUUCUUUUCUAGCACACUUUUUCACUGUGGUGGUUCCAUACGGGGUGUGUGUCCAUUCUCUGUUGAUGUGAUAGGCAGUGAAUUGCCACAGUCCUUAUUCGAUCAUGUUUCCGUAAUCAACAGUGUGUCCGUAUUGUGGUGACCGUUUGUGGGCCAUGGUUGACCCAAAAGCUCGUACGGGUGAAAAAAAAUGCAAUUGUUCGCCCACUGGUGUCGCUAUGUUUUGACGGUGAAAAGAUCUUCCUGAAGCCACCGCAAGCGAGUCAUUUGUUUAGUCGCAUUGGACGACGGGCGUCUGGAAAAUCUUUUCUUCAAUUUAUAGCUGCUGUACAUGUAUAGGUGCCGUAACUAGUUGGGCAUAUUCCACUUCCCACUUUGGGUGUUUUUUUUUAAUGUAUAUUGCUACUCCUGUGUAUAUGUAUUCCUUCAUGGUAAGUUAAGACAAAGAUUGUGGAACAAGGGUUUGUUGGUGAGAUUGCACUGGACUUUUUUUAUUAUAAAUGUACUUCAUUCGCAUAUAUCAUACAUACGUUGUCCCUUGCGAUCCAAACACUGUUCAAUGUAAAACGCCUCAUUAUAUUGGCAGCAGCAGUAAAGUGCAUGUCCUCUUUUUUUUAGCCGAUUUUUGUGGAUGCAUUCUGUCAGUGGUGACACAGCGUGAACAGAUGAACAAGCAUGCAAAUAUAUACGCGUUUCUGAAGUUGCA